GCAACUAUUGUAAAGAAACAAGCAACACAAUACUAGGUGUUUAGAAAGUUCUAAUUUAUACUUCGGAGUAUUACUUAUGGUUUUAGAAAUAAAUUCAUCUAGUUUUGGGAACUACUUUAGAAGAAGCUUUUGAACAGCCUGUAUUUGUUAAGAUAAGAUAAGGGAUAAGCACGAUAAAGAUGGUAAUUCGUCCUGCAACUCAUGCGGGAUCAUGGUACUCUAAUAAUCCUGCUAAAUUAAAGACACAAUUAGAAGGGUUUUUUCAUAAAGCCAAAAAGCUAGAACAUUCAUUAUCGCAAGAAAAGGUUAAAGAAUCUAUUCAUGGUGCUAGAGUAUUAAUUGGACCACAUGCUGGAUUUGCAUAUUCUGGUGAGAGAUUAGCUGAAACAUUUACUGUAUGGGAUAAAUCUAAAGUAAAGAGAAUCUUUAUGUUGGGUCCAUCACAUCAUGUAUACUUUAAGAACUCCGUGCUUGUAUCUCAAUUCAAUGAAUAUGAAACUCCAUUUGGUAACAUACCUGUUGAUAAUGAUACAAUUGAUGAAUUACUUUCAAUUAAAUCAUCAAGUAAAUCUAGAGGUCCAGUAUUUAAGUAUAUGUCAUCAGAAGUAGAUGAAGAUGAGCAUUCAUUUGAAAUGCAUGCUCCAUUCAUAUAUCAUGCAACUAGAAAUUUACCUCAAGGAACUCCUAAAAUUAUUCCCAUACUUAUCAGUGGAAUGGAUGAUAAAUUAGGUGAGGAUUUAGCCAAUGCAUUAUUACCAUAUCUUGCCAAUGAAGAGAAUCAUUUCGUUGUAAGUUCUGAUUUCUGUCAUUGGGGUCAAAGAUUUGGUUAUUCAAAGUAUAUCCCCACUAAAAAUGAUACAUCCAUUACUGAAUUAGGAUCUAAUUUAGUUGAUUUGGGAAUGUUUCAAAGGCUAAGUUCAAACGACCUUCCAAUUCAUGAAUCAAUAGAAUUCUUAGACAAAUUUGCUAUGCAAAUCGCCAGUGAUGGAAAAUAUCACGAAUGGAGAAACUAUAUAACUACAACAGGCAACACUAUUUGUGGUCAGAAACCAAUCGGAGUGAUAUUGAGAUUAUUAGAGCUCUUUACUGAAUCGCAGUCGCAGUCGCAGUCGCAGCAACAAUCUUUACCACCUUCAUUUAAGUGGAUUGGUUACUCACAAAGUAACGCAGUCUACAAGCCUAACGACAGUAGUGUAUCCUAUGCCUCUGGCUAUGUCGUGUUAUGAGCCAUGUCACCAUUAUGAAACUGUAACGAAAUGUGUAGAAACUAUAUACACCUAAAUAAAUAAAUAAAUAAAUAAAUAAAUAUAUGCUAAUGC